AUAGUUGUUCAUAAGAUGAAAGCUCCCCUGGAUAAGUGAAUGGCUCCUGAGUCAGCUGUCCUGAUUCAGCUAACAUAGCCACAUCACCGGAAAUUCUUCGGGCAGCCAUCCAUCCGUUCAAUAGAGGGAUAGUCGAAUCCAGAAUGCUGUAUAAUUGGAGUUUUAGGUAUCGCUUUCCAUUAUGUCUAAUUUUCUCUACUAUCAUCAGUCUCUUCGUUGCGAGUCUACAUCAUGUCUUCCAAAAAGCCUUUCAGAGUGGUUAUCAUCGGUGGGAGUGUCUCUGGCCUGACCAUGGCACACACGCUCGAGAGAGCGGGUAUCGAAUACGUGCUUCUUGAAAGAGGUUCGGAGGUCACGUUCAAUGGUGGCGCUAGUAUUGGAUUACAGCCUCAUGGGCUCCGUAUCAUGGACCAAAUGGGAAUGUAUGAGGACAUUCUCGGGACGACCGCACCAAUGAUACGAGCGGACCACCGGCAUCCAAGCGGUGAACCUAUUGCGCAAUCAGAAUUCAUGCUGCAGAUAGAAGAAAGACACGGGUAUCCAAUCUUGUUCUUCGAGCGAGCAGAGAUGCUCGAGAUCCUGUACAAUCACUUGCCUGACAAACCCAAAAUUCUGUGUUCAAACAAAGUCGUGAAUAUCCAAAGCACUCCAGAAUAUGCUACUGCAACCACGGAAGACGGUACAAACUAUACCGCAGAUAUGAUCAUUGGCGCAGAUGGUGUAAACAGCACCACGAGAAAGAUGAUGUGGAAGAUGAUGGCGGACACAGAUCCCGAUCUUGUUCAGAAAGAGUCCACAUCAAUGUUCUCAGAUUACUCCUGCACCUUUGGAGUCUCAAUCUUCGACAGCGAAGAUCCAGACCUGCGCCCAGGUGUCAGUCAUAUCAACUACGGGGAAAAGCAAUCGCAUAUCUGCAUCAUAUCCACCCGGAAUAGGAAAUUCUGGUUCUUAAUUCUGAAACAUGACAAAAGAUACUAUGCUCCGAACAUUCCACGAUAUACGAAUGUAGAUCUUGAGGCUUCGGUCCUGAAACAUAGCGCGAUCCGGGUGACCGAACACUCUACACUCGGAGAUUUAUGGAAGCAUAGGUCAAAGUGUACCAUGGUGUGUCUUGAGGAGGCCAUGUUUGAUCGAUGGUCCCAUGAUCGUCUGGUGCUGCUCGGAGAUUCAGUACACAAGGUUACUCCCAACGCCGGCCAUGGCGGAAAUACUGCGAUUGAAAGCGCAGCUGUCCUCGCAAACUUUCUCUACGAAGCCAAAAUGGGAACUAGACAAGGGUCAUCAUUGUCCCAUGAAGGCCUGUUGGCCAUCUUUCAAGAGUAUCAAUCAAGCCGAGAGGUCAGGGUUGCCAAUGCAUGUCAGAAAUCAUCUGCAGCGACGCGACUCCAGGCAAUGGACAAUUUCUUGUGGAAAUCAGGCGCGCUCCAAUUCGUUCCCAUGCUCGGCGAGGAUAUGGAAGUCAACGCGGCCUCGGCACUGAUUAUGGGUGGAGAGCCGCUCAAGUUCCUUGAGUAUAAAGGGAAGAAUGGCUCGAUUCCAUGGGAUGGUUGGGACCUAGCUACGCUGGCUGACUCUGAAAAGAGAUCGUUCUUUGACUCGGUGCUGGGCUAUUCCAUAUAUCUUGCCCUGCCAUUAGUCUUACUCUGGACACUGCGGGAAACGUCAGUCUGGAUAUCACCUGUUUUGUCAGCGGCAAACGACUUCAACGGAACGGCAUCGAGCGAAACAAGAAGCAUUCAGGGCUCUCUCACUCAUAACAGCUAUUUCCUGUCUACGGCUACCUCGAAGCCUUGGUGCUUGAUUUCGGCGUGCGUGGAGAUAUUAUCAAUUGGCUUGUUGAUGGCUGUGGAAGGAUUUCGGGCCAGCGAGCCAUGGAAGUUCCGCCUCGAGUAAGUCUCCUCCGUCCUAGUAUUUGCGUAUCUAAGCAAGCUGUCAGUGUCUUGGCUGCUCUGGGCGCAUUCCGCUUUGGUGGUCUUGGAGUGGUCGGUGCGCUAUAUUUCUUCGCGCACGGUGUGGAGAGCUAUAUAUCACCCAGACCAGAUCCUCGUGGGCAUGUCGUCCCGUUAUCAGUGGCUAGAGCUCUCCCGAAGGCCUUUCUUACCAGCAUAAUAGUUACGCUCGUGCUAAUCGGUAAGCUGCCCGAAAGAGUUCUCCGUGUCAACCCAGGAUCGUCAGAAUACAUCCUGGAAGCACUGAUACAGGUCCUACCGGUCCUGCCCUCUCUAUUAAUCCAAGUAUUCACGAUCUUUGGUCCGUCUGAUGCUGGAAAACCGAUGAUGGGCCAUGCGGACAUUGAAAACCUCCAAGUCGCAUACGUAAUAUCCGGG